UAUUAUUUAAAUUUUAAUGCAGGCAGGAUAGAAAAUCAAUUAAGAAUAUGUAAGAAAUCUUUAGGAAAUAACGAAAGAGUAAGUGAUAGAUUAAUUCAAUAGUUUUUUAUGUCCCAUAUCUGCAAAUAUUUAUAAUAUCUAAUUCUUGAAGUUUAGAAUCAGAGAAAUGGAUUCAGGAUAGGUGUUAUUUGAAGUUGAACGAGAUCCUGAUGAAGAAUCAAUAGGUAAUUAGUAGAUUCAAUUAAUAAUGAUCAGAAAAUUUGCCACCAGUACUUUAAGAUGAAGCAAGAAGAAUUAAGUAUCACUUUGGGCCUUAAUUUUUUGAAUUGAAGACAAUAGGAGCUUAGUUAACAUUUUCUGUAGGGGACAAACCUGUGAAAAACUUUACGAUAAUAGAGAGGCAUUAUUUUAGAAAUGUACUAUUAAGAAGUUAUGAAUUCCAAUUUCCAUUUUGUAUACCAAACUCAACAAAUACAUGGGAGCAUAUAUAUACUAUUCCAGAUAUUUCUGAAGAUGUGGUAAGGAUGUUUGAUAUAUAAAAGAAAUAAUUAAUGAUAGAAAAUCCUUUUGAUACAAAAUCGGAUAGUUUUUAUUUUGUUGGUGAUACUUUAGUUAUGCACAAUAAAGCUGAAUAUGAUUACUCUCCAAUAAGUGAAUGAGUUGAUAAAU